AUGAUAUUUUUCUUUCUUAGUGUUGUGCUCUCUGUAACUCAAAUAACGAAAAAGGAUUAUAAAAAAUACUUCACAGAAGAACAGCAUAAACCAAUAUUUGUGACACUUUAUUCUGAAUGGUGUCCGCAUUGUUAUCAAUACAAACCAACAAGGGAAAAAAUUGAAAGUCAUUUCGCGAAAAACAGAAAACUUACAAUAGCAACAAUUUCAUGUGAUAAUGAUCGUCAGUUAUGCGAUCAAUUCCCAGGGACAGGAACACCAAGACUUUAUAUGACAACUUCAACCAUAGAAAAUGCAGAAAAAUUCGAAAGGUCUAGAACUUUCGAAGAAGUUAAAGCAUUCAUUGACAAAUAUAUUGAACCAGCAAUUACACAAAUAAAUUCGAAAGAUCAAUUAGAAGCGAAAAUAAAAGAAAAUGUUAAUAGCUCUAUAUUUAUAUGUCAGGAUCUACAAGGCACCAAGUUAAGCCAGAUUUUUGUGAGACUUGCCUCAAAUUAUGUUUCAUAUCCAGCCAAGUUUUUAAAUCUGACAUUUGAAAGAUAUAAAUCAAACGAACCUUUGAUUACAUAUUACUAUUCUCCAACGAAAGUUCAAUUUUCAAUCCAUGCCACAGAUUCUCAACACAAAAUCGAAAGAUUUAUACAUGAACAUAUUUACCCACCUUUCGGAGUUGCAUCUACUACAUUCUUUGAUACUCAAAUUGAGUUAAAAGAGCCAUUUUUAGUAAUUGAAGAUCUCAAGCAUCAAUUUCAAGGGCAACUUAUCAAAUACUCGAAGGACUUCCCAGAGAAUGUAAAAUCUAUUGAAAUAGAUUGUACAGAAUACUUAAAAUUCUGUAAACAAAAUGGAUAUAAUCCAAAAGACCAUCCAUGGAUAGCUAUUGUGAAUCUCAAUAGAGAUACAUAUUUCCACUUUACAGGGGACUUCACAAAUAAAAAAGAAUUCUUAAAUUGGGUUACAAACGUAUAUCAAGGAAAAAUAUCUGAAGAAGGACCAGGAGCCGGUUUUAUUGGCUUCAUAAAACGAGAUGUACUCGAGACACUAAUUGAUUAUACAUUCUGGAUCAAAGUUCUUGGAUUGCUUGCAAUUACUGUUUUAAUUUAUAAUCUAUCCAUUGCUGUAAGAAAAUUUAUAGCACUAAGGCAUAGAGGUUACCAUGAUAGACGCGGAUUUAGAGUUAGAUAG